AUGCAUGUGUGUGUGCUUACUAACUCUCCGCGUAUCCUGGACAUGAAUCUGGAGUUCUCUGUCCAGAGUCGUAGAUUUAUUUACUGUGGCUUCUCCUGGGGCUUAGUACGUGAUCCUAUGCACGCGGUGUAUAUCUCGGACUAUAAUGAUCUAAAAUUCAUGAAUCUAGACAAGUUCACAGAACGGAAAACUGCUUCCCAAAAGAAGGCUUGGAAGAGACUCACAGCAAAUGAAGAUACAUUUAUUUGUUGUCAACCUGCUGGCUUUCGAGAAUUGGAAGACGUAAGAUGAGGACCAGCUGCAGCAGCAGACUGGCGACUCGAGGGUA